AUGCAUCAUCCUGAUGAAUUAUAUAAAUUGAAACUCAAAGAUAUUAAAUUUGAAGAUAAACUAUGCUGGUUGCAUAUAAGUUCUUUCAAGACUGACCAAUCUGCUAAUAGAAAUUUUAUUUCUAUAGAGUAUACAGAUAGUUGCUACUGUUCAAUUAAAUUAUUGAGAAGUUAUCUGUUAAUAAGACUCAAAACCACUAAGGAUGAACCUCUUUUUCUGUUGAGACAGGAAAAACAAUUAACAGUAAAGACUGUUGGAACUAUUGUCAAGAGAAUAGCUAGAAAUACAGGAGCUCAAGGUAGAUUUACAACUUAUAGCAUUAGAAUUGGUGGUGCAACAGCUGCAAUGAAAGCAGGUUUAUCUUUAACACAAAUACGUACUAUAGGAGGUUGGGACAGCAAGGCAGUAAUGUUGUAUUUAAGGUCUGUUGGAACAACUGAACUAAAGAUUUCUAGGAGGAUGGGAUUUGCGAAUUAG